CAGGGCUUGUCUUUUUAAUUGUGAAUAUGUCCUGAUUAUUGUUUGAAAUCAUGAAAAUAUUUUAUUAUUGUAAAAACUGCAAAACCUAUUUUAACGUAAUGUGUAUGCUCUGCUUUGUGAAGCGUAUUUUGAACUAUUUGCGGAAAAUUUUUAGAUUUCAAAAGGUUUCACCUGAAAAACUGACUUGUUGAGGUAGACUCUUCAUUGAAGUAGCCUAGUUGUCUUCAAACACUGAAUAAUUUAUGAAUAGAACAAAUGUAUUUUGCUAAAUACAGGAACCAUUUUAUAAGAAUACUUAAUUUUGUUAAAUAAUGUAGAAACAGAUUAGCAUUGAACCUUUAAUUACUCACCUUUAAAUUUUAGUUAUAGUUGUAAUUUCUUUUUAUUGUUUUCGGCCAAUUAUGCCUAAAAUCAUAAAAGGUCUUGAUUUGGUUCCCAAUGCCUUUAACAAAAUGAAUGAUAGAUAAUUUUUAAUGCUGAGAAAGGAAGAAGAUAUUUUUUAAAGACAUCAAGAAAGAUGGAUAGUGAUGAAGAAGGUGAUAAUGAUAAAGUCAUUUCAUUGACUCAUUUGCUUUUUGGCAACAUUGAUGAUGAUGGACAGUUAGAGAAUGACUUUUUGGAUCCUGAAUCUAUACGCCAAUUACAUCAAUUGAAGCAACUUGGAAUAGGAACUCAACUGAAAGAGAUAGAAGAUGAUUCUCUCUGUUUUGAUUCUUCUCCUGGAGAUAGCUCUAGAGGUGACGGAAAUGAUGAAUGCAACAUAAAAUCGCCAUCUGCUGUUGACUACUCUGAUAUCACAGAACUUGCUGAAGAUACUGAACCUUAUCAAUCAACUAACGGAGUUCCUUUACCUAACAAAAAUGGUGAAGGUGACAGCAGUUCGUGUACAGUAGAUGUGUCAAGAGAUGCUAACACCACAAAUUUUCCAAACGCAGCUAUAAAAACCAAUAAAAAUGACCUUGAUCAAAGUGAUGCUGCUUUAAUGCCACCCCCACUUAUUCCUCCGGCAAAGGAUGGAGUGCAAAUCUUGCACAAAGAAAGUGAUGUCAGAGAAAACCAAUCAAGUGGAGGUUACAAUGCAAAGGGUAUUGAAGAUGCAAGUAAACCAUCGACAAAUGCUGAAAUUCUUGAUAGAGAACUGCAGAAGAAGCUUGAUACUCCCCUUGCUGCCAUGCUUCCAUCUAAAUAUAAAAACAUGGAUGUAACAAAACUCUUUCCUGAGUUUAGGCAUGGACAGGUGUUAAGAUUCUCACGUCUUUUUGGACCUGGUAAAACCACUAGUUUACCUCAGAUUUGGCGUGGUGUGAAAAAGAAAAGGAGAGAAAAGCCAAAUUCAGAAUUCGGAGAUUUUCAAAGAAAUGCGAGCAAACCUUUAAGAUUGGAUAUUCCUACAUCACCUCCUUUACCAGAAGAAUGUGAAUCAGAUGAAGAGAUAAAACUAUUGAAACCAGAAGAAAAGAACAAAUCAGGUGGUACAAAUAGUGAAUCAUAUAAAAAUGAUGAACUGUCUUCUGGAUUCGCAGCAUGGCGGUAUGGACCAGCACAACUGUGGUAUGAUAUGUUGAAUGUUUCAAAAAAUGGCGAUGGUUUUGAUUAUGGAUUCAGAAUGAAAGAACUUUCUGACUUAUCAGAUGAGCAAAAGGUUGAAGAUAUUGAAGAGGAAUUACCUGAUGAUGCUUUUUUCCUUGUCACACAGUCAGAAUGGGAAAACGAUAUUAUAAUGAAUGGUGAAGAAGUGAAGCACAAGGUUCUCUCAAAGUUAAACAAUCGAAAUAAUGCUGCUGGAUGGGUACCAUCAAGUCUCAAUCGUACAGCUUCAGCUUUUAGUGCCACACAACAAACGAAAACUUCAUUUUCUGCACCUCUUCCUACUGGUAAUCCCAAGACACCUUUAUCAAAUCAGGCAGAAACUUUAAAACAAAAUAAAACAUCUGGAAAUAAAUCUGUGUUUGAAAAAGAUGGAGAUACUCUUUUCUGGUCAAUAUUUCCAGUUGAAAAUGAAGAUCUUGUCUAUGCCAAAUGGGAAAAUGAUGUGAUUUGGGAUUGUGAAGCUAUGCCAAAGAUACCAGAACCAAAAAUUUUAACACUUGAUCCAAAUGAUGAAAACAUUAUUUUAGCCAUACCCGAUGAUCCAGAUCCUGAUUCGUUAACUUCUAAUGAACCUGUGAAAGAGAAAAAGGAUAUGGUGAGAAAAUCUAGAAUUCUCUUAGGAAAAGCUGGAGUAAUUAAUGAGCCAGAGCCACCUAGUCCUCCUCCUGCUCAGAGCAAUGAGAAGGACCCAUUUAACAUAUCUAAUGAUGAAUUUUACAAUCCAAAGAUGACUCAGGAUACAGCUUUGAAACCAAAUGUUGGAGGAAAUCUUAUUCAGCAUUCUAUACCAGCAAUUGAGUUAAGGAGCCCAUUCUUUCCAACUCAUCUUGGGCCUCUGAAGUUGAGGCAAUUCCAUCGACCACCGUUAAAGCGCUUUUCUCAUGGAGCUUUGGCACAAGCAGGCUUUCAUGGAGUGAUUCCAUUGUUAAAACAUAUAAAACGCAAAGCAAAACUUCGGGAAAGCGAAAGAGAAGCUUCUGGUGGCGGUGAAAUGUUUUUUAUGAGAACUCCUGAUGAUCUUACUGCCAGAGAUGGUGAUCUCAUCCUGUGUGAAUUUUCAGAAGAACAUCCUCCACUUGUUAUGCAAGUUGGGAUGGCUACAAAAAUUAGGAAUUAUUAUAAGCGUAAACCUGGUAAAGACACUGGUGCUCCUGAAUACAAAUUUGGUGAAACUGCAUAUGCUCACACAACACCAUUUUUAGGAUCUUUGGCUCCUGGUCAGAGUAUCCAAGCAUUUGAAAACAACUUAUUUCGAUCUCCAAUAUAUGAACAUGAAUUACCCGACACUGAUUUCCUUAUUAUUCGUACAAGAUUACAUUAUUUUAUUAGAGAGGUUGAAACAAUAUUCCUUGUUGGACAAUUGUUGCCAUUAUUUGAAGUUCCAGGACCAAAUUCCAAAAAGGCAAACAACUUUAUUCGAGAUUUCCUGCAGGUAUUUAUUUAUCGACUGUUUGCUAGUUCUAAAGAUAGCCCGAGAAGAAUCAAAAUGGAAGAUAUUAAGAAAGCUUUCCCCUCACAUUCCGAAAGCAGCAUUCGAAAGCGGUUAAAGCUGUGUGCUGAUUUUAGAAGAACAGGCACAGAUUCCAAUUGGUGGGUCUUGAAAAGUGAAUUUCGACUUCCAACAGAGGAUGAAAUCAGAGCAAUGGUUUCACCAGAACAGUGUUGCGCUUAUUAUAGUAUGUUAGCAGCUGAACAAAGGCUGAAGGAUGCUGGUUAUGGGGAAAAAUCUCUCUUUGCACCUGAAGAUGAAAAUGACGAAGAAAUGCAAAUUAAAAUGGAUGAUGAGGUAAAAACUGCUCCUUGGAAUACUACAAGAUCUUUCAUUUCUGCUAUGAAAGGAAAAUGCUUGCUGCAACUCACAGGUGUUGCUGAUCCUACAGGUUGUGGAGAGGGAUUUUCAUAUGUUCGAGUUCCUAACAAGCCUCAGCAAUCAAAGGAAGAAUGUAGUAGUCAGACAUCUGCUAAGAGAACAGUCACGGGUACGGAUGCUGAUUUGCGUCGAUUAUCUUUGUCAAAUGCUAAGCAAUUGCUUCGUAAGUUCAACGUUCCUGAAGAGGAGAUAAAAAAACUGUCUCGUUGGGAAGUAAUUGAUGUUGUACGUACAUUAUCUACUGAGCAAGCUAAAGCUGGAGAAGAAGCUAUGAGCAAGUUUGCCCGUGGAAAUCGUUUCAGUAUUGCAGAGCAUCAAGAGAGAUACAAAGAAGAUUGUCAACGAAUUUUCGAUUUGCAGAACAGAGUACUGGCCUCAAAAGAAGUAUUAUCAACUGAUGAAGACUCCAGUUCAGAAGAUGACUCGGAUAUUGAAGAAAUGGGGAAAAAUAUUGAGAAUAUGCUCUCAAAUAAAAAGACAAGUACUCAACUUUCCCAUGAAAGAGAAGAAGCUGAAAGGCGAGAGCUCGUGCAGAAACUGAUGUUAGAGGAGAGUAAUAUACUAUAUAAUGAAGAAAGGAGAAAAAAGGACAAAGAUCGAGAAAUUGACAGAGAAGAUGAAAAUGCUUCUCUGGGAAGCACUGGAUCUAAUUCUAAUGGAAAAAUAUUGAAAAUAUAUAGGACAUUCAAAAACCCAGAUGGAAAGGAGUUUGUUCGAAUUGAAACAGUUCGCAAGCCUGCAGUUAUUGAUACUUAUGUCCGAAUCCGAACAACAAAAGAUGCUUCUUUCAUAAAGCAGUUUGCUUCCACAUUAGAUGAGCAGCAGAAGGAAGAAAUACGUAAAGAACGACGACGGAUCCAAGAGCAACUUAGAAGAUUAAAGCGCAAUGCUGAGAAAGAAAAACUUAUGCCCCCUAAAAAGAAAGUCAAGAAAGAAGCCCCAAUGUUAAAACUAAAAUGUGGGGCAUGUGGAGCCAUUGGUCAUAUGAGAACAAAUAAAACAUGUCCACUCUAUCAGCCAGCAGCUCCAAUUCCACCAGUCCAGGUAGCCAUGACAGAAGAACAAGAAGAGGAAGAAGAAAAGGCUGGAUUAGAAGAUGACCAUCUAGUGAAAGUAGACGAAACCAAACUCGUCCUGUCAAAACAGCUGCUUAAACAUGCCGAUGAGGUUCGCCGAAAAUCAUUAGUUCUUAAAUUUCCAAAAGAAGCUGUGUCGAUUAAGAAAAGAAGACGAGCUGGUACGGUUAUGCAUUGUGAUUAUCUCAAAAAGCCUCAUAAGUUGGUUAAUCGACAAAGGACGGAUCCUGUCGUAGCAUUGUCUAUAAUUUUAGAAAGCAUGCUGAAUGAAAUGCGAGAUCUUCCCGAAACACAACCAUUUUGGUUUCCAGUAAGCGCCAAAAAUGUCCCAGAUUAUUACAGGAUAGUUCACAGACCAAUGGAUUUGCAGACAAUGAGAGAAAAAUUACAUCAAAGAAAAUACAAAAGUAGGGAGGAAUUCCUCCAAGAUGUAAAUCAAAUAGUUGAAAAUAGCAAUGUAUAUAAUGGAGCCAAAAAUACAUUGAGCACAACUGCUCAAAAAAUGCUGGAGCAUUGUUUGAAGAGAUUUGCAGAUAAAGAAGAAAAAUUGAUGAGACUUGAAAAAGCCAUCAAUCCUCUUUUAGAUGAUAAUGAUCAAGUUGCUUUUUCAUUUAUCUUAGAAACAAUUGUUUCACAGGAUCUAAAAGCUAUACCGGAGUCAUGGCCUUUCCAUAAGCCUGUUAGCAAAAAGUUUGUGAAAGAGUACUACAAUGUGAUCAAAAACCCAAUCGAUUUGGAUACCAUUUUAAAGAACAUAAAGGCACACAAAUACAGCAAUAGAGAAGAUUUUCAAGCUGAUGUAGAAUUGCUCUAUACUAACAGUCAGACAUUCAAUGGUCCUGACAGUCAAUUUACUAAAAAAGCUAAGGAAAUAAUGGAGGCAUGUCAAACUGCUUUAAGAAAGUAUGAUGAUCAGCUGACAAUUCUGGAAGUGGCAAUAAAAACUUCACAAGAAGCCGCUCUUGAUGCUAUCGAAACAGAUUCAGCUUUAACUGCAAAUUCCUUUCCCCAUGAUGAUGAGUUGGAUAUGGAUGGAGAGCUUUGUGAAAAAUAUGAAAACAGGGAAGAAAAGAAGGAAUUUGAAUACUCAUCAGUUGCAGUUAGGGGAAAUUAGUUCAUCAUCACCAUUUAUUGUAAUCAGUGUAAAUUUCAAUAUGCAAUAAUGAUCAUUAGAAUUUUAUGGAUUGCUGUACAAAAAUUGUAAAGGAAUAUUUUAUCUUCUUUUUUUUUAAUCAAAAAAAGAAAACAAACUAUUGUCAAGAUCAUUUUUUUAAACCCUUCAUAUAUAAAAUAAAAUGACUAUUAA